GACUGCUCUGCGUACACUCAUUUCGUAUUCAACACAUUCGACCAGGACCACAGUGAAACCAUAAGUUUUGAGGAGUUCGUGAUGGGGCUCUCCCUCUUGUUGCGUGGGACCAUGCUGGAGAAGCUGCAGUGGGUCUUCAGCCUGUACGACGUCAACAGGGACGGCGUGAUCACUAGCGAGGAAAUGCAGAUGGUCGUCUCAUCCGUCUAUGAUAUCAUGGGCAAGUUUUGCAGCUCAAAAAUUGACGACACUGUCAUAAAAAAUCACGUCGAUGCUUUAUUUGAAAAGCUGGACGUUGAUCGAGAUGGCGUCAUAUCGUUCGACGAGUUCAUCGACACAUGCCGUAAGGUCAGCCAACAAACUUUGAUAUAA